AUGGGGAAGAAAUCCAAGAAAUCUCAGCAAGGUAACUGGGACGAUGAUCUGGGAGAAGACGCCACUCCUGUGCCAGUAUCUAAUGAAUUGACUGCUGAAAACUCGGUGGAGGCUACUCCCGAGCUGGAAUCUACAGCAGAAGCCGCUUCUACAGCCGAUGCAGAAGAAACAGAACAAGAUUUCAUGUCUGCAUUGAAAAGUUCCAAGAGUAAAGCAGCUACUAGAGAGAAAGACCAGGAUUCCAAAAAACCAGUGAUAAAAUCCAAGAAAGAGAAGGAAAAGGAGAAGAAGGAGCUGGAAAAGCAACUGAAGAAGGAGCAGGCUGCCAAGAAGAAGGCCCAACAACAAGCUCAAAAGGAGAAAAACAAGGAACUCAACAGACAGCAAGCAGAAUCCGCUGCCGAUGCCAAGAAGGCCAAACAGAAUAAGAACGGCGAUAACGAAAAUUCGUCUUCGUCGUCAUCUGGUGCCACUGCUGGAUCCACAGGCCCCAAAAAAGGUGGCAAAAAGGUACCUGCAGGUCUAGCGGUUCUUAGACGUCAAUUGGAAUUGAAAAAACAGCUAGAAGAACAGGAACGUUUGGAACGAGAGGAAGAAGAAAGGAUCGAAAAGGAGGAACAAGAGCGUCAGGAACAGCUCAAACUGGCCGAUGAAGAAUCUAAGCGCGAAAAGCGCGAAAAGGAAAAAGCUAAACGUGAAAAAUUGAAAGCCGAGGGUAAACUUUUGACCAGAAAACAGAAAGAAGAGAAAAAACUGCUGGAGAAAAGACGUGCAGCGCUUCUGGCUGCAGGAAACAUCAAGGUUGCUGGUUUGGACAAGUCUGAUGAACCUUCAGAUGCCAAGCCCAAAAAAGUGGUAUACGGGAAAAAGAAGAAGAAGACACAACAGGAAAAAGACGCCGAAUUAGCAGCUGCUGAGGCUCAAAAGACUGCUGAAGCGGCUCAAAAUGCCGAAGGUGACGAGGAAGAGGCUUUAAUCGACGACUGGGAGAAUCUGCUUGAUGAAGACGCUGAUGAAGGCGAGGAAGAGGCUGAAGAAACGGAAACUCCAGAACCCGAAAACGAAACACAAGAAACCGCUGUAGAGGCAGCACCAGUGGCAGCAGCUAAGACUGAGCCGGUCAUUGAAGAAAUCCCACGUCCAUCUCCAUCAGCUCCACCUGCAGGCCAACAAGAUCUACGUUCGCCUAUCUGCUGUAUUCUGGGUCACGUCGAUACUGGUAAGACGAAACUGCUCGACAAAAUCAGACAGACUAACGUUCAAGGUGGCGAAGCUGGUGGUAUCACGCAGCAAAUCGGUGCCACCUACUUCCCUAUCGAUGCUGUCAAGACCAAGACGAAGGCUAUGGCUCAGUUUGAAAAACAGAUUUUCGACGUCCCUGGUCUGCUAGUCAUCGAUACACCAGGUCACGAAUCUUUCACAAAUUUGCGUUCUAGAGGUUCUUCCUUGUGUAAUAUUGCCAUUUUGGUUAUCGACAUUAUGCACGGUCUUGAACAACAAACGAUUGAAUCUAUCAGAUUGUUGAGAGACAGAAAGGCUCCAUUCGUCGUGGCUCUCAACAAGAUCGAUAGAUUGUAUGACUGGCAAGCCACCCCCAACGAUGCCUUUAGAAGCACUUUCCAAAAACAAACCAGAGGUGUCAAGCAGGAAUUUGCCACCAGAUUGGAAGCUAUUAAGGUUGCUCUCGCCGAACAGGGUCUAAAUUCUGAACUUUACUUCCAAAACAAGAACAUCUCGAAGUACGUGUCAAUUGUUCCUACUUCUGCCGUUACUGGUGAAGGUAUUCCGGAUUUGCUAUGGUUAUUGCUAGAGCUGACUCAAAAGAGAAUGUCCAAGCAGCUGAUGUACUUAUCUCACGUUGCUGCCACGGUCUUGGAAGUCAAGGUUGUCGAAGGUUUUGGUACUACAAUCGAUGUCAUCUUAUCAAACGGUUACCUGAGAGAAGGUGAUCGAAUUGUGCUGUGCGGGCUGAAUGGUCCAAUCGUAACUAACAUCAGGGCUUUGCUAACUCCCCAACCACUGCGAGAACUUCGUUUGAAGUCUGAGUACGUACAUCACAAGGAGGUCAAGGCUGCUCUCGGUGUCAAAAUCGCUGCUAACGAUCUGGAAAAAGCUGUCUCUGGUUCCAGAUUGUUGGUUGUUGGACCCGAUGACGAUGAGGAAGAUAUGAUGGAUGAUGUCAUGGAUGACCUAACUGGUCUUCUCGAUUCCGUCGACACUUCUGGUCGUGGUGUGGUGGUACAAGCGUCCACCUUGGGUUCCCUAGAAGCAUUGCUAGACUUUUUGAAGGACAUGAAGAUUCCAGUUAUGUCCAUUGGCUUGGGUCCCGUUUACAAGAGAGAUGUGAUGAAAGCUUGUGCCAUGUUGGAAAAGGCCAAGGAAUUUGCUGUCAUGUUAUGUUUCGACGUGAAGAUCGACAAGGAAGCUGAGCAUUAUGCCGAGGAGCAAGGUGUCAAGAUUUUCAAUGCCGAUAUCAUUUACCAUUUAUUCGAUGCCUUCACUGCAUACCAGGAGAAACUCAUGGAGCAGCGCCGUAAGGACUUUUUGCAUGACGCAAUUUUCCCUUGUGUUCUAAAUACCUUGCAGAUCAUCAACAAGCGUGGUCCAAUGAUUAUCGGUGUGGAUGUCAUCGAAGGUGCAGUACGCGUUGGAACGCCAAUAUGUGCUGUCAGAAACGAUCCUGUUACCAAAGAGAAGCAAAUUUUACUGUUAGGUAGGGUCGUGUCGCUUGAAAUUAAUCACCAAGCUCAUAAUGAAGUCAAGAAGGGACAAACGGCUGCUGGUGUCGCCAUGCGUUUGGAGGACCCAUCUGGUCAACAGCCAAUUUGGGGCCGUCAUGUCGAUGAGAAGGACACUCUUUACUCUUUGAUUACCAGAAGGUCCUUGGACACUUUGAAAGAUCCCGCUUUCAGAGACCAGGUGGCUAAAUCGGACUGGCUGUUAUUGCGUAAAAUGAAAACUGUUUUUGGCAUUGAGUAA